AUGCCUCCAACAAAAAAAUCAUUUGUCAAUAAUAAUGAUGAUGAAAAUAAUCAUCAGACUCGUUUUAAAUAUACAAAUGCGCCUUAUCAGAUUUCAUUAACAAGACCAUAUCCACCUCCAAAGACGUCAAAUGAUAAUAAUUAUAAUAAUUGUAGUAUGCAGUUUGUUUUUCAAAACAAUUUCGAUUAUACUUCCUCUUCCUCUUCCUCUUCAUCCACUUGUUUGUCCCUUGACAAUCUCGAUUCGUUGAUAGAUGAGUUGAUGACAAAUCCACCGUAUCAAUUAACCCUCUCGAUAGAGGAACUAUUGGCACCCGCUAAAAGAAAAUCCUCUGAAACCCCCCCUCGUCCUCAAAAUGUCUUUAUAUUAUUUAGAAAAGAUUUGGUGGCAAAGAUAAAAAAUGAAUUUCCCGAAUUCGCUAAAAAUUUACGAUCGCCAGAACAUUCAAAAACUGCUAAAACUAUAUGGGAAAUUCAGCCGAAUGAAGUUAAGCAAUUCUUCCAAGUCCUUUACUUAGCUUGUAUUGAAAAGCAUAAAGAAAUGUAUCCAAAGUAUCAAUAUGUCCCAAAACCAAGAGUUAGAAGAGUUAAAAAGCUUCCUGUUAUUGAACCUUCGCGGAAAGUGAGCAAAGAAUCUAGACGGACUAGACAGAAUUCGCAGGAAAGCUCAACGAACUCCGAAGAUUCGUUUAUGUCGGAAUUCUUUGAUUUUACUUUAUGGGAUUCCCAUCAGAAAUAA